AUGGGGAAUUCGGCUCUUGCAUCCAGAAUUCAGUACCAGAGACGGUUUGAAAACACUGCUGUACAGGAAAAUCCCUUGACUCUGUACGAACGCGUAGGCGAUCCACGUUGGAAGAUAGAUCAUGCCGAUGACAAGGUCAGACAUUCCUGCAAGCAAAAGCUGAAUGAUUCGAAUAAACUGUCUAUUGAGGGCAUAACUCGGAAGCCUCUGUCUCCCGUGAAAGAACAGCCAAAUAGUCGCCAGGAGGAAUCCCAGUCUGAUAGGGAUGUUAACACUAUGCCAGUGGAUUCCGUGUCUACAAUAAUUGUUGAUCAACCGCACCCUAUACCUGUUAUAACGGUGACACACUUCGGUGACCAGGACACCGCAAAGACCACUUCCAAAGUGCACAACAGCCCACCCCGAGUACUUAAAACUCCGCCAGCAGCUCAAAUUAAAAACCAACCGGGUCUGACAGGAGUGCCACGUCACAAACCCAUCCAGCGAUUGUCACAGACGUCACCGACCAAAGCGAGGUCACAGACCCCACGCCGAACCAAUUCCGCGACGCCAAGGCCGGAGCGGAGUCAGUCAACAAAGCACAAGAGCGCUGUAAGAGCUCCGCGUCAAGAUAGGGCACUCGCAAAAACUCUACCCCAUGCGGCCAGUAAUUCGUCCAUCAGAAAUCGUGAGCCCAAGAUAGUACAAAGCGGAACGCUUCAUCGAGAAUGUGACAGACUAGCUAGCCCCUUAAACUGCAAGCGAUCCAGUUCAGCAGGCCCCUAUUCAAGGCACCCAACACCGAUGAACACUCCAAGGCGAGCAGUUUCGAGGGAUGUGCCAAAGCGAGCACCAGGACUUCCUCAAUCCCGAUUGGAGUACACGUUCUACAUAAGAGAUACGGACGAACACCGUAGACCGUUCGACGAGAACACGGCCGAUGCGAUAGCUCGCAGUUGCCAAUGCUCCAUCGAACUGAUCACGCUAGGGAAGGGCUUCCCACCGAUUUUCCACAAGGGUGUUAGGGUAUGCCCGGUCACCAUCACCACAUCCAAUAUGACUAACCUAAGGCGAUGUCUAGCCAAAUUGGACGCCCACUAUCCUGAGUUCAACGCCAAGGCCUUCCUUCCACACUGA